AAAACUAGUCCAAUGGCAUUACAGUAAUUAUCCACAACCGGCAAAAGCCUAACGUCUGCUCACCAUUGGCACCAAAUCGAAACUCAAAAAAAUCUCACAAACAAGAUGAAGCAAGGGCUUGUCCAAUGGGGUCCUUGUCCCUACGCUCACUCUUUCUCUCGGCGGCCUCUUCCACAAGUUUUCUUUCCAAGCCUCACAGCCAAACACGCGCCUUCACGAUCAAUCUCCGCCACUCUAGACUCUAUAACCAGUCAACAACAAGAAGAGCUAUCGGGGAGAGAGAGGAGGCAGCUGAGAAACGAAAGAAGAGAGAGAAAAUCCGGUUACAGUUGGAGAGAAGAAGUUGAAGAAAGGCUUAUAAAGAAGCCGAAGAAACGGUAUACUUCUUGGACCGAAGAGCUCAAUCUCGAUAAUUUGGCUACGUUGGGUCCGCAAUGGUGGGUGGUUCGGGUUUCUCGGGUCAGGUAUCAGGAGAUUGCUGAACGACUUGCUCGAUCACUUGCUAGGAACUUCUCUGACAUUGAAUUUAAGAUGUAUGCUCCAGUUGUUCAGGAGAAGAGGAAACUAAAAAAUGGUUCCAUCUCAGUUAAGCCUAAGGCGAUUUUUCCGGGUUGUGUUUUUUUGAGGUGUGUGUUGAACAGAGAGAUACAUGACUUUAUCAGAGAGUGUGAGGGAGUUGGCGGUUUUGUUGGUUCUAAGGUCGGAAAUAUAAGAAGACAGAUAAACAAACCAAGGCCAAUAUCUAUUGAUGAUAUAGAAGCAAUCUUCACAGAGGCAAAACAAGCACAAGAGAAAGCUGAUCAAGGUUUUGAGGAAGAGCAACAAGGAGUAGAAAACCUCAAAUCUGAGAAGCUCAAUGGAGAAUCUAAUUUAAAUUUCUAUGAUGCAGCAGAAUCUGCCUCAGAUUCCAAGCCAAAAAGGCUAUCCAGAAAAGCUACUGACACACUUGCUACUGGUUCAUCUUCAGCAAAGGGUGAUAAAGGCCUUGCUCCAGGUUCAACUGUUCGAGUUGUAUCUGGGACAUUUGCUGACUUUGUUGGUAGCCUUAAGAAACUAAAUCGUAAAACUAAAAAGGCAACUGUUGGCUUUACCUUGUUUGGAAAAGAGACCUUAGUAGACCUAGAUCUCAAUGAAAUAGUUGCAGAGAAAACAGUGUAGAAAAGUUAUUCAUCGUCACAGAUGGUUCACAUUUAUCAAUUUUGUAUGGUUUACCCAAUUUCUUUUAUGGAUCUUCUCAUUCUUUUUGAGAACCUUCUUGCAUCAUAGAACUCAAUUAGGUAUUCUUUGUUCAUUUUAUCAAGUUGCUUGUUUAUUUCUAUGCUUUUAAGUUCCUGAAUACACCAGCACUAUUAUUUGCA